AUGGAGGUGCUCCACACAGCGGUGUGGGAGCUGCUGCGGGGUGCCGGCCAGGCUGCAGGCGCUGGUGUCAUAGCGUAUUCCUCCGCGGCGGGCGUGAAGUGCCCCCCCUGCGCGUGCUCGUGCGAACCGCGCAUCACCUGCCCGGGCGGCCACAGCUCGGAGAGCACGGUGACUGGGCUCACGCUGCCGGGCACUCUCGCUCUGGCGGUGGUGUCGGCCGUGGCUGGCGCCUGUUGCGUCCUGCUGACGCUGCGGCACAGCGGCGCGGGCGCGCCACAGGCCGUGGACCCGCCACCCGCUUCGGGCGUGUUCGUGACCCCGAUCGCGUCCGUGGAGGACAUCGGUACCAAGCAGUACCUGGCCAGCCUGGGGAUCUCGCCGGGCGACUUCAUCCUCGAACGCUACGACAUCCCUGGGCCAGAGGUCUGGCACGAGCGCAUGGUGCUGAUCGCGUCGCCACAUCGGACCGACCUCACGAUCCUGACCCCCGACGGCGACUGCUACGAGGAGCAUCUGUUCGCGGCGGGGACCCCUGGGGCCGACAUCGCGGCCUGGCUGCCGAGCAUCGGUGGUGCCAUGGGAGCCGGCAACCCAGCGACAGGGGCGUCCCACAUCCACCGCUUCCGCGCCGUGCCUGCUCCCGCCACCCGCGACGCCCUGCGCACGGCGGCCGAGGGCCGCCUCGGGCUCCCGCCAGGGCCGCGCGCGGUGCCCAAACUAGCCGCCGUCGCGCCCGGAGUGGCUCUGGAUGCCAGGCUUGACGCCGGAGCGGCCGCGGGCGCUGCGCUUGCCGUGGGCGGCGCGCUGGUGGCGCCUCCAGUGGCCCCGGCGGUGGUCGCGGCGGCACCGGCGCCCGCGGCGCCGAUGGCGGCCGCCGCCCCCGCGGCGCCAGGGGCUGGCGUCGGCGGGCUCGUCGGGCUCGCUGCCGCGUUCGGUGGCCCCCCGGCGGCAGGCGCCGCCCCACCCGCGCCGCCGUUGCUGGCGGCAGCGGCAGCCGCGGGCCUGGGAGCUGCGGGAGGCCCCCCUCCGGCCGCCCCCGCUGCAGUGCCGGGGGCUGGGGUCGGCGCUGCCGCCGCGCCAGCCGUGCCAGCCGCCGCUGCCGACGUGCGCGUCCUCGCGGUGAGCUACGACGUGCUGGGGCAGCGACAUCGGGCGUUUCGAGAGGCAGCGCUGGCCAUGGUGGAGCACCCGUGGCCAGACUGGCCCGUGAAGGGCCCGCGGACGUGCAGGCGGGUCCUCCGCUUCAUGGAGACCAACGGCGGGACACCGCUCGGGCGCCAUGCACGAUGGCGCACCGAGGCCCGGCUGCACGCCUCGGAGUACGGCGUCGCCGAGCACGAGCACGCGUGCAGGCUGAUCGAGUUCAUGACGAUCUACGACCAGCUGAACGUGGUGGGCCUGGCGUCGGGCGAGCUGCUUGCACGCAUCGUGCAGCUCCACGAGGAGCGGUACCGCGAGCGGCUGGCGCCAGAGACGAAAGACGACAACCUUGACACACACCUGAUCCUGGGCUGCGACCUGGCCCGCGGGAACAGUUGCGUCUCGCCGCAGUUGGCGGAGCACCUGAAGGAGGAGCUCACGAAGGAGUGGGCGGUGGCCAAGGAGCGUAGGAAGGCGCGCGAGGAGCGCGCGCUUGCGACCAAGGGGAAGAAGGGCAACAAGAAGGGCCAUCAUGAUGAUGAUGACGGGUGA